AGGGGCAGCAGGGCGGGGAGGUGGCGGGGAUAACUCAAUUAUUUCCAGUUUUGGCAGCCCCAGAAUGAAACAAGCAUUAGGAGGGGUUUGGGGGAGGGGCGAGAGAGCUCCUCUGCAAAGUGAGAGUUGACUCGGGUGAAAGAGCACAGGUCUGGGGGAGGGUCCAGCUGGCUCUGGUGUCUGCGUGAGACCAGGACGUCCUUUUCUCUCUCUGGGUCUGUCCCUGUCGCUGCAGCCCAGCCAGGAGGGCAUGGCCCGGCGGCCUCAGAGCCCCCUCAGCGUCCACGCAGCCGGGUCGUCCGGUUUCGGUAACGGUGGGCUCUGGCCAGGCUUGCUCUGCCCGGGGGAGCAGACUCUCCCCAAGGCCCCUCGCCUGCCUCCCGGGGUUCGCGCCCCGGACCGGGCCUGGGGACGCUAGCGCGUCGUCGUCGGGGACCCUGCCCGGCUCUCACCUGGCUGCUCCGCUCCAUCCGCCGCCUGCGCCCCGGCGCCGUCCCGCUGGAGUUCAAGUGCAAGACCCCGCAUGCACAGACGAAGGUGUGGCCGUGGCGCCUCAGGCCCCCUGGUCUCCUUGGGAAUGAAGGUCACUGCCAUUCUCAUCAUCUUCAUCUCCUGCUUGGCGGCCCCUACCCAUAGCAGCUUCUGGCAGUUUCAGAAGAUGGUCAAACACGUCACAGGGCGCAGCGCCUUCUUCUCGUAUUAUGGAUACGGCUGCUACUGCGGGCUUGGGGGCAAAGGGAUCCCUGUGGACGACACUGACAGAUGCUGCCGGGCGCACGACUGCUGCUACGAGAAGCUGAAGGAGCUCGGCUGCCAGCCCGUGCUGAACGGCUACCAGUUCCACAUCGACAACGGGACCGUGGUCUGCGGAUGCGCCCUGGGUCCCAGCAUCGGCUGCCACUGCGGAAUGAAGGCCUGCGAGUGUGACAAGCGCUCGGUGCACUGCUUCAAAGAGAGCCUGCCCACCUACGAGAGGAACUUCAAGCAGUUCUUCUCGGGCCGGCCCCGCUGUGGCAGGCGUAAACCCCGCUGCUAGGGAGGCCGCUGAGUCUCCCUUGCCAUUCUGCACCUGCUCUAGUGUCACACCUCCAGGAAGCCUUCCCAGAUCACCCCCGGCAGACUCCAGUCCUUCCCCACCAGGGAGAAUGAAAGCCCCGCCCCCCUGAGAGCAGGUCGCCCUUCAGCAUUCUGGCCUCAGGGACUCCUUGUCAUUGGGCAUCUGAGAACGGGAGAGCAGAAGUGGCAGGAAGGAGCUUGCACCCUAGGGAGGGAGGUGGACUGCAAAUACAUGUGUGUGCAUAAAUAUAUAGAUAAGUGGCAUUCCGAUAGUAGCAAGUGCUAUAAAGCAAUAGAACAAAGGGACAGGUAGAGAGAUACAAACAGCCCCCCAUCCCAGGAAGUUUCCAGGAGGGGAGAGGCGCCGGGAUCUACCCCAAACUCUCCCUUCACCCCCACCCCAAAUCGGGAUGCAGGGCAGACUUGGGGACCAGGCCCACACCCAGCCCUAGCUGGGAACAAAGGCCCCAGAAAACAAGGUCUCAGCACCCACGCCAAGGACCCGAGGGGCACACCUGCAGUGUGCUCCUCAUUUGCUCCAGUUCUGCCCUCGGGUGGGAACAAAUGGAUGCCAUUUUCACGUCUCAGGAGACAGAGCACUGUGGAACAUUAGCGCCCUGCCACUGCUGUAUGAAUGUCACCGCCA